GAAGUGUGCUGUUUCAAUCUGUUCAGUCAACACCCAAACUGCCCGGGCGAAGCGAAGUUCGGCUUACCCGCAGCAAGAAGGCAGCACUAAGCAGAGCACAGAUCACCCGACAAUCGAUAGCCAAUCAAUGAAUCUCUAGUUCAAAUUCACUGACACUUGCGCAUUUCGCUAUUCUCUGACGUCAUUCGCUAUGAAUUUUCUGAUUGGCUCUUAGCUAUGGGACAUGCUUAGUCUUCCUCACGGGGAAGAAGACUCGUUUUCUAACGGUUUCCGCCAUUAUUCUACUUUCGGCUACCUCAAGAUCACCUCGUGUUCUUCUCGCAGCUAAUUUUUCUAAUUGCUUGGCUUCUGAUAACCAAAAUUACUGUGUGUAAAUUCGCUUUAAAUCAAUUAUUUAACUAAUUGUGAGUUUGGGUGCAUUCGCUGCCACGUGUUACUCUUGGCAUUGUAUCUUUUCGGGUAAUUCGCUAACUGUAUAUAGUGUACAAUAAAUAUCAUUAUAAUUUUGUGUUUUUUUGCCAAAUUCAGUGAGCGCAGUUUUUUUAUUUUCUCUUUUUAUUGUGACAAACUGUAUCAGACCAGAUCCCGAAUUCCUCUAGUGUUACUCGCUUUAACAUUUGGUCCUUCGAGCCGGAUCGGUGCUGGUUUGGUCACAAUAGAAUUGUGCUUGGCUUAUUCUCUGGGUUAUUUCUCACGUUAACAAUUCGUGUUCAGCAUUUGGUGUAUUCGCUGUGCAGUGCCAAUCUGGUGAAAAGCUAAGUGUCAAAGGCAUCGCUGGACACAUCGGGUGUCGCCUUUGGCGGUCAGUGUACACCGGUACAUAGAACUUUUCCGUAUCAUUUGACCGAAAACUUAGUUCCGGGUCACCAGCACUGUUAUUCGCAUCAUGUCUCUCAACAACAAGGCUGCGCUGCAGCAGGACCGGGUUGAUUCUCUGGCCAACAUUGAUCAGAGACUCACGCCUGAGGCACUUCAGGCGAUGUCUCUCGAGCAAGCCAUGGCCCAGUUGGCUUUAGUCAAUAGAACCGUCGACCGUAUUGAGGCCUUGCACGAACGCAUUUACGAGGAGCACGAAGAAGUGCUCGAACAUGAGUACCACACCGCUCAAGUCUAUCAACGUGGUGCAACGCUGUACGGGAGCCUGCAGACCCGCUUGGAGGCCAAGGUGAACUCCCUGAAGGCAGAGGCGACACCUAGGCAUGCAGAUGGUACACAAUUUUUCGCGACUGGGCCAUCCUCUACUAAAUUGCCACACAUAAAACUACCGACAUUCGACGGGGAUUAUACAAAAUGGCGUGGGUUUAGGGACUUAUUCACCACCCUCAUAAUUGAUGCCGAGCAACUCACUGGGGCACAGCGCAUGUCCUACCUCAAGACGCAACUCAAGGACGAUGCACUGGCACUCAUCGCAAACGUGCCGCUCACAGACGAGGCAUUCCCUGCUGCUUGGGAACUCCUCGUCGCGCGCUAUGAUAACCCUCGUCGGCUUUUAAACACCUACUUGGAGGAACUCCUCACCACAGAGCCAGUGCCUAAUCACUCGGCACCUCAGCUAAACGCCCUUGUAUUACAGACACAGAAAAUUAUCGAUGCGAUGGGAACCUUGCGAGUCUCCAUUGCGGACUGGGACCCUAUCCUGGUUUUCGUCACCCUCAGACGUCUGGUACCAGAACUUAGGGAGGAGUGGGAGAGUACCCUGGGCAUCUCGAAUGAGCUGCCGGCGUACCAGAAAUUACAAGACUUCCUCAUCGGAAAGGUACGCGCUUGGGAGAUCAGCGCCAUCGGAGUCACCUCAAGACCAACCUCACCCAAGGAGGACAAGGCUUCAACCUCCAAGCUGCUAAAAACCUCUGGCAAGCCCCCAAACACACGGUCACCCUCACAUUCCAGCAAGACUGCAAGUACCCCCUCUGGUUCCACCGCUCAAGUAUACUUUACACCUAAAGAGGCUACAGAUGAACCUGGCAUCUGCCAACUGUGUAGGCAAAAGCACUUUAUUUUGUACUGUCAGCAAUUUAAGGUUGCCUCUGUCGCACAGCGCCGUACUAUGGUUCAAGAUCACCGACUGUGCUGGAAUUGUUUGGGACGCCACCGCUCACAGGACUGCCGCACCACUACAAGAUGUCGCCACUGUGGCAACAAGCACCACACGGCCAUCCACGAAGAAUCUCGGGCUAAUCCUCAACCGACUGCUGCUUCGGGCAGCUCAGGGCUCAAUUCUCUGGAAACAAUAGCCUUACUUGCUACAGCAACUUGCAGGGUAUAUUCGACAACGGGAGCUCCUCUGACAGCCAGACUUCUGAUAGAUCAAGGUUCUGAGCUGUCAUUCAUGACGAAUUCGCUACACAAGAAACUGGGACUUCCUCUGAAAUCCGCAAACGUGGGCCUACGGGCCAUCGGCAACACAUCUGCUGGCCGCACAUUGGGCUCAUGCACUGUUGAGCUACAUUCGCUAUAUGGGAAGAAUUCGCUAAAAAUACAGGCCCACAUUCUCUCUGUGUUGGCGGUAGACUUGCCGUCAUACACCCUUAUCGACAAGAAAUGGUCGCAUCUACUGGGACUGCAAUUGGCUGACCCGCAAUUUCUGCAGUCCAGACCAAUUGACAUCAUUUUGGGAGCAGCACCUGCAGCUUUCAUCAUGAAUGAGAAGAUUCGCAAAGGGCCUGUUGAUUCGCCAAUUGCUCAGUCAACCCUCUUGGGCUGGAUUGUCUACGGCUCAGUCAAUCCAACUGCUACGAAAUAUUCGGCCAAUUCUCUGCACGUGUCAGCCGACGAACAACUACCGGAUCUGAUCUCCAGAUUCUGGGACCAGGAAGAACCGCAUGAUGAGCACAUUCGCUAUAGUGAGCAGGAGGACGAGUGUGAAGCUCACUUUAGAUCCACACAUUAUCGUCACCCAAAUGGGCGUUACGUGGUGCACUUGCCACUCAAGGACAAGGUAGAAGCACUUGGGAAUUCACUGAGAUCCGCACAAUUUUCACUGCGUCGGGUUUUGAAACGGAUGAGCACGGACACUACUUACAGUGACCUCUACCACAACUUCAUGUCUGAGUACGAGAACAUGGGUCACAUGAAACACAUUUCUAUGGCAGAUCUACCGGAACAACAUUGCUUCCUACCUCAUCACGGUGUCCUCAAGGAACAGAGCACUACUACAAAGCUCAGAGUAGUGUUCAAUGGAUCAUGCAACACCUCAUCAGGAGUUUCGCUGAAUGGGAUCUUACACGUUGGGCCAAAAAUACAAGUAGACAUCUGCGAUGUACUACUCCGCAUUCGUCGGUUUCCAAUACUUUUUGGAUCCGACAUCACAAAGAUGUUUCGGCAAAUUGACAUAGAUCCGAAGGACUGGCCGUUACAGUCCAUCCUCUGGAAGAACAAGGACAAUUCUCAGCAAGCGUACACCCUCACUACGGUCACAUACGGCACAACUUGUGCUCCUUAUCUUGCUGUAAGGACUCUACUGCAACUAGUAGAGGACGAAGGAUCCAAAUACCCGCUGGCAGUAGCUCCAAUGACUGAAACCCGUUACGUAGAUGACAUCUACGGGGGAGCUGACACAGAGACGGAAGCGAUUGCAAUCGCUAAACAAACCAGGGAACUCUGUGCAGCUGGAUGCUUCCCAUUAACAAAAUGGUCAAGUAACAGCGCUCGGUUACUCGCUACAAUGUCACCAAACGAUCAACCAGUGAACUCGCUACGGGAAAUCGGAGAUACUACGGUGAAGGUCCUCGGAGUUGGCUGGAAUCCUCACCACGAUGUAUUCCAGUUCAACUAUCACUUGCCUGAAGAUCCUCCAGCAACAAAACGGGCACUCUUGUCUGAAAUUGCUCGUCUGUAUGAUCCUCUGGGAUUCCUUGCUCCGAUCAUCAUCAAAGCCAAGGUGAUCAUGCAAGAACUCUGGCUUGAAAAACUGGGCUGGGAUGAUCAAUUGGCUCCGACACAACUCCACAAGUGGACGGUAUUUCGAGCGGACCUCACCAACCUUGCUAACCUCCGGGUAAACAGAUGGAUUAAUCUCAAGGAGAAUGUGUCUGCAGAGCUCCACGGGUUCUCAGACGCAUCCCAACUCGCUAUGGCUGCGGUGGUCUACCUGAAGGUGACGGAUCUUCAGGGGAAUUCGUCAGUUGCACUUUUAUGCUCCAAAACUCAAGUAGCCCCUCUGAAACCACUCACAAUUCCACGGGUGGAGUUGAACGCUGCCGUACUUCUCACCAGACUUACUCUCUACGUGCGAAAAACACUUAACUUGGAGCAAAUACCAAUCUAUUUGUGGACUGACUCUGCAGUAACCCUCGCUUGGAUACAAAGUCAACCCUCUCGCUGGAAAACUUACGUACGCAACAGGGUUGCGAAAAUACAAGACACUCUUCCUGGAAGCCGCUGGACCUUUAUCGCUGGGAAAAGUAAUCCAGCUGACUGUGCUUCGCGAGGACUGUCAGUUGGCAAACUGCUGAAACACCCGCUUUGGUGGUCGGGUCCAAAAUGGCUCAGUUUGUCCCAAGAAAACUGGCCAACUAUUGAACCACCUGCUACGACCGCAACUCAUCAGGAAGAGAGACCAGGUCUAACCUUCUUGACAUUCGCUAAAACAGAUUCACAUCCUCUGCAAAUUCUCUUAGAACGCUUUUCUCGCUGGGUUUCGCUGGUUCGAACGCUUGGAAUCUGUCUACGUGCCAUCAGCCGAAUGAAAAAGGUGCCACAGUCCUCACUAGCCACCCCGCUAUCUGCUGGAGACCUGGAACCCGCAAAAUGGCUACUGGUCAAAUAUACACAAGGCCGGUACUUCUCAUCGGAACUCAAGCUGCUUUCUGACGGGGGAUUCCUACCAAAAAAUCACCCACUCGCCAAGCUGACCCCCUUUGUUGACUAUCACGGAAUUUUGAGAGUUGGUGGCCGCUUGAAAAAUUCGCUAUUGGACAGUCAGCAGAAAAAUCCAGCGAUUCUGCCUAGAUACUCACUGCUGACGUCACUCCUCAUCGAUCAUGCACACAAACGGAACUUUCACGGGGGAACGCAAUUGACUCUGGCUGCGUUACGCCAAUCCUACUGGAUUAUUGGUGGCCGCGUACCAGUCAGAUCUCACAUCUUACGCUGCGUAGUCUGUGCUAGACACCGAGGUGUUCGAGCACAGCAAUUGAUGGGACAACUGCCCCCCUCUAGAGUGACUCCCGCACGAGCGUUUCUACAUACAGGAUUAGACUACGCUGGGCCAGUCACUCUGAAAACCUUCCAGGGUCGUGGAGCGAAAACGUACAAGGGGUGGAUUGCAGUUUUCGUGUGCUUCACGACCUCCGCUAUACAUCUGGAACUCGUCACGGAUUACUCUACAGGCGCAUUCAUCGCAGCGUAUCGGAGGUUCGCAAGUCGCCGGGGCGUCUGCCACACCAUAUAUUCGGACUGUGGUACAAACUUUGUGGGUGCAGAUGCAACUCUAAGGGCUGAAUUCGCAUCAGGAUCAAGAUCACUGGAAGAACUUUCACAUUUACUGGCUACAGAUGGCACAACCUGGAAGUUCAAUCCGCCUGGAGCUCCGCACUUUGGAGGUAAAUGGGAAGCUGCCGUCAAGUCUAUCAAAUUCCAUCUCACAAGAACUAUCGGAGAGCAUCUGAUGACUUACGAGCAGCUCACUACGGUUUUGACACAGAUCGAAGCCGUGGUAAAUUCUCGGCCUCUCGCCCCACUCUCGGAAGAUCCUGCCGACCUGGAACCACUAACUCCAGGUCACUUCCUCAUUGGAGAACCACUCACCGCUGUACCGGAACCUUCGCUACCUUCAACAACGGAAUCGACGCUAACUGGGUACAAGUUGCUACAGCAACUGUUGCAACAGUUUUGGAGACGUUGGAGCAACGAGGUGCUUCAACGUCAUCAGGGCAUAUCCAAAUGGCAUCGGGCGUCCAACGACAUCAAAGUUGGCUCUCUGGUGCUCCUCACAGACGAGCGGUUCCCACCUACCAAAUGGCCACUCGCUAGGGUAAUCGCUAUCCACCCAGGGAAGGACGGACAUACCCGCGUAGUGACACUGAAGACAGCUACCACGGAAUUGAUCCGACCAAUUGCGAAACUAUGUGUUCUGCCCAUUGAAGAUCUUGACGUCUCAGCCGUCAACCCGGGGGAGAAUGUUCAGUCAACACCCAAACUGCCCGGGCGAAGCGAAGUUCGGCUUACCCGCAGCAAGAAGGCAGCACUAAGCAGAGCACAGAUCACCCGACAAUCGAUAGCCAAUCAAUGAAUCUCUAGUUCAAAUUCACUGACACUUGCGCAUUUCGCUAUUCUCUGACGUCAUUCGCUAUGAAUUUUCUGAUUGGCUCUUAGCUAUGGGACAUGCUUAGUCUUCCUCACGGGGAAGAAGACUCGUUUUCUAACGGUUUCCGCCAUUAUUCUACUUUCGGCUACCUCAAGAUCACCUCGUGUUCUUCUCGCAGCUAAUUUUUCUAAUUGCUUGGCUUCUGAUAACCAAAAUUACUGUGUGUAAAUUCGCUUUAAAUCAAUUAUUUAACUAAUUGUGAGUUUGGGUGCAUUCGCUGCCACGUGUUACUCUUGGCAUUGUAUCUUUUCGGGUAAUUCGCUAACUGUAUAUAGUGUACAAUAAAUAUCAUUAUAAUUUU